CGCGGCUGCGCCGGCCAGCUUCCUCGAGCAGUCAAUCUUCUUGUUCGCCUUCCCAGAAUUAGCGAGGGCUUUGUGUUCUUGCUUGUCUUCCAGCGCCACUCCACUUGUCAGUUGUCACUGAGGCCUCGCGAGCGGAGGGCCGCCGGGCACUCCAUGGCCUCUUCUUCGUCGUCCUCGUCCUCAUCUUCCAACCCGUCGUCACCACAGCCCCCACCUCUGCUGCUGCCGCCGCCGGAGCCUGUGCCGCCUCCACCGCUGCUGCCGGAGGCCAUGCCCCUGCCCAGGCCGAGCCCCACCGUCGCCGACGGCGUCCGCGGCCUGCUCAGAUCCGGCGAGGCGCUCAUCCGCGCCGUGUUCCGGGGUGGCUCCGCCCACCGGCGCCCUCAUCUGCAGCACCAGCAGCAUCACCUUCACCACCAGCAGCCGCAGCAGCAGCAGCAUCACCACCGCCCUGCUGAUAUCAUGAAGCGCUUGCAACGUGAAACAUUUUCUGAUGUCAUGAAGUUCAAGGAGAGACACGAUCAGUUAGAUCACUUCCUAUCCCAAUAUAAAAGUGGCAAGGGGUUCGAGUUCCUGCAUCUCCCUAUCCAAGUGAAAAUAGCACUUGAUGCGGUUGGGGCACUGUUUCUUGUCGAUGGUAAUGAAUUUGAACAAGCAAAAGCAACCCUUGACACGGCUGGGAAAAGGACAGGCCUCAGCUCAAGGUUCAUCUUUGAAUCCAAGACCAGGGGCAAAGACACCAUUGCUGCAGAGCUCUCAACCAGGCUCGGAGCAGGCGGUGUUCAUCUUGGGGAGGCUACAGGGAGGCCUGUAGAGCUCACUAGACUGCAAUACAACGCCCGGAUCAACAAAUGGCUGUCAAUGAUCCUAGUUCCAUUUGGAGCCCAAUGCAACAACUUUUUGCAUAGUUCAAGCAUUCAGAAUCUGCGGACCCAGGCCUCUUUUGAUGGUCCGCCUUCAUUUUUAGAACAUCACCACUGCGCUGCCGGUUUGAGAAUCAAAGGAUCCAAAUUCACCGCAUCCUUUGCCGAGCUAAUCUUCGGUUCAGGAGGACUAGACAGCGGGGGUGGAGGGACUAACCGCAUGACAACAUUUGGGCAAGUGUCCUGGAAACCAGCCGACGAUGUGAAGCUCAGUUUCUCAGGGCUUUGGCAGGUCCGUUCGUUGUCGCCCCGGUUCAACAAUCUCGGAAUCCUUGCUAUUCCACUAGGCAGCAUGAAACAAGAAAACCCCACCGCAACAGCUACAGAAGAACAGACGGAACUGAGUGUGAAGUUCCAACGCCAUGCUGGUGGCACUGCCACUUCACACACCGUUGAAUCAACAGUGGCAGUGCACGGUGCCUCUCCCGCAGCGCAUUUAGGGCGGUCAAUCGCGCUGAUGUUGGACUGUGAGCUCUAUGAAACUCUCAAGACAGAAGGCUGGUUUCAGGUGGAGAGUCCCAAGCAUGGACCGGUGCGCUGGGGCUUCUCCUUGUCUGACAUCCCGGAGAAUGAACUUGGGUGGGGUGUGAGGGUGGGUGGCACGGCUGAAGGGAAGACGUACCAUCUGCAGCACCUGGACCUGGAAGGGUACCUCAACUUCAACCUUGGCAAGGGCGCAAGGCUGCAGCCAGGACUUGUGUAUGCCAAAAUGGGGGAAAAGAUGACACCUGCGUUGUUUCUGCGGUCUUCAUGGUUCAUGUGAUCUUCAUCCUCGCAGUAUAUUUAUUUCUGGGUGUGAGAGCUGUCUUCUGCUCUGCCUUCUUCGUCUUGUUAAUCACUUGUUAACUGCUGCAAUAUAGUUGCAGCUAAUAACCAUUUUGACUUAUAGCCUUGAAUUAUAUUGAAAUUUACCAAUCUUGUGCUGUUA